AUGGAGGCGAAGAGUCAUGCGAAACUGACUUACGAGGAGGGCACGAGCCGUGAGCUUAUUGUGGCUGACGACACUCGUCCGCAUGUGGCCCUGGCCAGUGGGGGAAUGGAGCUCAUCAUUUUCAACGCUGCAGCAGGGAAGGCGGGCAGCAGAGGCGCGGAUAAGGGCGCAUGCAGCACGAAACGCGUGAUUGGCUCGCGGGAUCUUGCGAGAUAUUAUCGCCAGAAACCGAAACCGAUGGGAGACAGCAACACGCGCCUUGUGGCAUCGGUUCUCGCCAGGUAUCGAGCCAUGGGGCUGGCAACGCGGCAGCUGGGGUGGCGAACAGCAGAGCAGCAGCAACAGCUGAAGCAGGAAUCGUCUCAUGUCUUCUAUUCUACUUUCCCCCUUCCCGUCUUGCAGAUAUCGAGCCAUGGGGCUGGCAACGCGGCAGCUGGGGUGGCGGACCGCAGAGCAGCAGCAACAGAUGAAGCAGAAGGAUGCAACGGCAAAGGGUCGGGAGAGGUUCGAGCGCUUCCGCACGAGUGUGGGCAUGAACAACAACAUUAA